UUGUUACAGUACUACUUUCUAAGAUGGCUGCGUCCAUAAAAAAGGCACUGACUCGACCAACUAUAAUAUUUUUUACAAUUUUCAAGCAAAAUGUUGGAACGAGGUUCAAAUGGAAUUGCAUAAGGAACAAACAUAACUUUGUUGAUACUCACUUUCAAAUCAUACAAUGCUCCGACCGAAUGUUAACGUCAUUUCCCAAGACUACCAAGUUUUUACAAAAUGUGAGUAUGGUACAAACAAGAACAAACACUACAGACAGUGAGAUGGAUCUGAUCUUUUAUGAAAAGCUGGCAGAGGAUACAUUAACUGCCAUUGAAGACGUCUUUGAAAGGGUUGCAAACCUGGAAGAUUGCCCUUCAGACUUUGAUGUCACCUCUGCUGAUGGCGUUUUAACUGUGAAACUUGGUGGAAACUUGGGAACGUACGUCAUCAACAAACAAACACCAAACCGCCAAAUAUGGUUAUCGUCUCCUAUCAGUGGCCCAAAACGAUACGACUACAUAGACAAUCAUUGGAUCUAUCUUCAUGAUGGCGUUUCACUCGAUGAUUUAUUGACUCAAGAAAUUUCUAAAUCUUUGGGUUUAGAUGUGGAAUUUAAAGACCUUGGAAAUAAUCCUUUAUAACAAUAAAAUAUAUUAUUAUUACUAUUAGUUUAUAAUUGUGUAUUUAUUAUAUCCACCACUAUAUAUUUAUGUCUGUCUGUCUUCCUGGUAGCUGGAUUACGCGAAAACUAAUGAAUGGAUCAUCAUAUAAUUUAUUGUGGUGAUAUAUGUUGAACUAAAGAAGAAUGAUUAAAUUUUGAAGCGAAAGUUCAAAGAAAGUUCAAACAGAAAUUUCAGAACAUUUAAACAAUGCCAAUAAAAUACACAUGGUCGUAUACUGGUAUGGGAAAGGGGAAAGACAAGACAUCCGACUAUGCUGACUUUCAUCUCCAGUUUACUUGAGAAAGCAAAUGCAAAUUAUUAUUAAUGACAUUAUUAUUAAGACAGUACAUCACUAAUGACAACAACUGUCACUGUUGAUACAAUCAUCAUUUUAUAUGGGUUUUUUUGUACAAAAUGUAUAAAAAUAGUACAGCAGUAUAGUUUAACAGAAUCAAGGAAGGAAUAUAACCACAUAAUGUUAGUACAGGCCUGUAUCUUGGGGGUGGUGUAGAAGGUUCUGUAUGGGAUUGGUGUAUGCAAACAUAACAAUAUCAGAGUUUAACCAUUUUGUAUAUUGUAUCAGUUUUUAUCGACUUUUAGUGUGUACCAUAAUGGAAAUAAAUAUUAAUGUACAGAAAAUCGUGAAA